AUGCCUCAUUUCAAGCCUCCUGAGCCGUUUGAUUUUUCGAAACCUCACGAGUGGCCCGAGUGGCAACAGCGUAUUCUACGAUACCGCACAGCCACCAAACUGAGCGCAGAGACCGGAGCAAUUCAAGUAAGUUCAUUAAUUUACGCUAUGGGACGCCAAGCUGAACAUAUAUUUAACACGUUCACGUUCCCUGCUCCCGUCGAAGGUAACGAUCCUAGGGACAACUUUGACACUGUCUUAGAGGAUUUCGACGCUCACUUUGUCCCCAAGCGGAAUCUUAUCCACGUAAGAGCAAAGUUUCAUGCACGAGCACAAAACAGUGGGGAGACGAUAGAAGAAUAUGCUAGAGCCCUGUACGAGCUUUCAGAGCAUGCAGACUUUAAGGACCGAGAUGAAACCAUAAGGGAUAGACUCGUCCUAGGAGUACUGGACAAUGAACUGUCACAGCGCUUACAACUCGAGGCAACUCUUACUUUGAAAUCAGCCAUCGAAACAGCCCGCCAUGUCGAGCUCGUAAAGGGUCAGGUCAGUAGCCAACGUCAGCUAGGUGCAGCAGUCACAGUAGAUUCAGUGCGCUACGGCCAGAGGGGAUAUUCGUCGCCUGCUCACCCCAGGGGUAGAGGCGGCCGAAGAACAGGUACACACUCACAACACAGAGGCAGCCAUGCAUCACCGUCAACUUUCUCUAACUGCGGCAACUGUGGAAGAGGUCAUGCCCAAAACAAUUGCCCAGCGCGUGGGAAAACUUGCAGGAAAUGCGGCAAGCGCAAUCACUUCGCAACAGUCUGUCGCAGCAGCAGCCGCAAUGUCAACGAAAUCACCAAAUCGGAAACUCCUUCGUUCUUUUUAGGUGCUGUUGACAGUAAUGUCGUUACCGAUGUAAACUUCGGCGAAGUUAGUGAGCCACCAUGGCGAGUUACACUGAACCUUGGAGGGAGAGCUACAUCCUUCAAGAUAGACACAGGGGCCUAUGUUUCGAUAAUGUCGAAGGCCGUCUACAACCGUCCCAGUCCUCGUCCAAAGCUGAAAACACCGUCUGCAGUUCUUCGCAGUCCUGGUGGAGUCAUAAGGAGCGUGGGAGAAUUUAUCGCAACUACGCAGCAUAACAAUUGCAACUUUGCGUUCCGUGUUUUCGUCCUUGACGACGACACUGACUGUCUUCUCAGUCGCGACGCCGCAGUUCGUCUGGGACUGAUUUCUCGAGACAGAAUAGACUCUGCCAACAUCGUAUUCGGCGAUGUGGGACCUCAACCUAUACGCUGCGAGCCAGUGAAAAUCAUCUUGAAAGAAGAUGCACAGCCAUACUCCGUGAACGUCGCACGUCGGAUUCCCAUUCCACUCAUGGACGAAGUUAAAGCUGAACUAGACCGCAUGGAAGCCGCAUGUGUCAAUGAGAAGAUCAGCGCUCCUACUGACUGGUGCGCGCCCAUGGUCCCGGUCAGAAAAAGGUCUGGUAGCGUUAGAAUCUGCACAGAUCUGAAAAAGCUCAACCUGUCGGUGAAGAGUGAACGAUUCAUGCUGCCCACCAUAGACGACAUAUUGUACAAACUCAGCGGAUCAAACAAGUCCAGCAAGCUUGAUGCAACUUCAUCCUUUUGGCAGUUGGCACUGGACGACGACUCCGCGAAGCUGACCACUUUCAUUACCCCGUUCGGCCGGUACUUCUACAGACGUCUCUGCUUUGGAAUCACCUCUGCGCCUGAGAUAUUUCAGCGUACGAUGCAAGACAUUCUAGCGGGCAUAGACGGUGUAGAGUGCUUUAUGGACGAUAUCCUCCUGCACAUGGAUGGUCACGAGAAACAUGAUAAGCUUGAGAAGAAAGUCUUCCAACGGCUAAAGGAGCGUGGGGUCAAGUUGAACAAAUCCAAGUGCAAGUCUGACAAGGAUGAAAUCGAUUUUCUUGGCCAUAUCAUCAGCGGGAAGGGUGUAAGGCCAGAUCCAUCCAAGGUCAGCGCCAUCACUGGGAUGCCAGAGCCAGAGAACAUUAUAGACUUGCGACGAGUGCUCGGCAUGGUGAACUAUUUGGGCAGGUUUGUGCCAAAUCUGUCAACAGUCAUGAAGCCGCUCACCGAUCUUCUGAAUCACGAUGCUGAGUGGGCGUGGACUCCAGCGCAGUCAUCUGCCUUCACUGAUGUCAAGAAGUUGCUGUCGUCAGCUCCAACACUCGCCUUCUUCGAUAUGAGGAAGCCUGUCACUGUAAGCGCCGAUGCAAGCAGCUACGGACUGGGGGGAGUUCUCCUCCAGGAAGACAGGGGUAAUCUUCAGCCAGUGGCCUACUGUUCCAGAACUUUAUCUAGGGCGGAGAAAAACUACGCUCAGAUUGAAAAGGAACUGUUAGCGGCCACCUGGGCGUGCGAAAAGUUCGAUCGCUACCUCAUCGGUCUGCCGUCAUCCACACUGCUCACCGACCACAAGCCCAUUGUGCCUCUGAUCAACUCUAAAGAACUGAAUGAUGCACCUGUCCGCUGCCAACGAAUGCUGAUGAGGAUGAUGCGCUACGGCGGAAAGGCAGUAUACACCCAAGGGAAAAAGAUGACUGUCGCAGACUCCUUGUCCCGAAGUCCAGUAGUGAGCACCGAGCCUGAAGAAUUUGGUGAAGAAAUCGAGGCUCAUGUCGCUACAAUCCAGAUGUCAUGGGAUGCCACGGAUAGCAAACUUGUCGAAAUCAGAAACAGGUCUCAACAGGAUCCAGCGAUCAGUGCUGCGAUACAGUACACCAGAAGCGGUUGGCCGAAAUUCAUACAAAACGUCAGGUCCGAAGCUCGCGACCUCUAG